CUAUUCGCUUGCUAGUUAACGUUGGCUAAGCUGCAUCUGGUUAUCCAGUAACUGCUAGUCUUAAACUUGUUAGCUGUGCUGCGUGAUUAAUAGAUAUUGAGCAAGGUUAACAUAGCUAGCAAGCUAUAUAUCUUAUAGUUACUAACGUUAGUUUGCGUUCUUUCGGAUAAUAUCUGCAUAGCUAACGUUACUUACUUUGUCUCUCUUAGCCUGCUGAGUUAUCUAAAUUGUUUUUAGACGUUUCAGAUGGCUGUAUGACUAGUUCGCUAGCCAUUUAGCUACUACAGAUGUUCGCAGUGUCUUGGAGGCUUUAGUGUGUGUGUUGCAGUUAGCUGUAGGCAGUUAGCGAGCUACACCUCGGUGUCGCUUUUUUCUUUGUUAGUCUAACGUUAGCUACCUUGGAACUAGCUUGCCCGCCAGACAGAAACAAACCGCUAGUUAGCUAUGACACGGCGGUGCCAAAACAACGUAGUUAACGUUAGUUACCGUCAGAAGGUUUCGUUGUUAAUGUUUAACUCGCCCUUUCCAUUUCGCUAGAAUACUUAGAUUAUCUCUACGCUGUAGUUAGUUGUCUUGCGAGCUUUUUGUCUUGUCAUGCUUUGUUAAACAUUAGUAUUUUGAACGGGUUGGUUAACAUUAACAUUAUGAUUUGUAUUUGGAUAACUACCACUGAUACACAUUGUCAUUGAACACUGCUUUCCAUGUGUUUACAUACGAAGCGGAUGUUGCCUGUGAUGGCUACACGUAGUGGCAUUUUAGAGAAUACAAAUCAAAAUCAAGAGUCUGCUGCAUUGUCAAAUUUCAAAUGGAAAAUUCUUCGCGUGGUCAACAACCGCAGUGCACUUCGCGAGCUAGUUGGCUAACUAGGUAGAAGAUGCUCUAUCGUACCUUGAUCAGGUGAAAAUACGCUUCGGGAAUGACCCUGGGAUAUACAACAAAUUCCUGGACAUUAUGAAAGAAUUCAAGUCGCAAAGCAUUGACACACCUGGGGUCAUUAAUCGAGUGUCCCAGCUGUUCCAUGGUCAUCCAGACCUGGUCUUGGGGUUCAAUGCCUUCUUACCCCCAGGAUACCGGAUAGAGAUUCCCAAGAAUGGGGUGGUGUCCCUUCAAUCGCCACUGUCUGCCCAGGUGUCCCCUGGCCAGACCAGGAGCGUGGCGACCGUUGCAGUGGGUGUGGCUGGGGGAAUCUCUGCCUCGCCCCCAGCAGGUGCUGGCUGCACUCAGGAUGAGGCGGCAGCCUCGCUGGACUCUGCCCCUUCGUCCUCUGGCAUCCCCGAACCGCCCAAUAGGCUUUCCUUGGCCCUGCCCAGCCAGGAAGGGCAGUCCGGGCCCCUCCCUUCCUCCUCGUCCCCGCUGUGUUCAGAGCCCAGUCCCGUGGAGUUUGACAGUGCAAUCAGCUAUGUGAACAAGAUCAAAAACCGCUUCCUAGACCAUCCAGAAAUUUACAGAUCCUUCCUGGAGAUACUACACACUUACCAGAAAGAGCAACUGGAGAUGAAGGAAACGCGGGGUCGUGGAGGAGGGGGCAUGACUGAGGAUGAGGUCUUCUCAAAGGUGGCGAGCCUCUUCAAGGGCCAGGAGGAUCUGCUGGCCGAAUUUGGACAGUUCUUGCCAGACGCCAAGAGAUCAUUGUUCACGGGCAGUUCGCUAACGGGGAAAGACCACCUCAAGAAGAUGGAAGACGAGGACUUGGCCAAACAGAGCAAGAAGAGGUCCCGGCCUAUGCUGAUGCCCCACAUGACUCCACUGCUAAAGAAAAAAAUGAAGCUGUCGUGUUCGAAAGACCAGUCCUUUGCUGCUGUUGGAAAGCAUGGAGUUUUACGGGAGUUCACAUUUUUCGACAAGGUCCGGCGCUUGUUCAAGAGCCAGGAGGUUUACGAGAACUUCCUGCGCUGCAUUGCCCUCUUCAACCAGGAGGUGGUGUCGGGCGCCGAGCUGCUGCAACUGGUCACGCCGUUCCUGGGGAAGUUUCCGGAGCUGUACACCCAGUUCAAGUCCUUUCUUGGGGACAAAGAGCUCUCUCACUCCUUGUCCGGGCUGUCGGACCGCUACAUGGAGGGCGGCGGCCGGGAGAUCGAUUACGCCUCCUGCAAACGCCUGGGCUCCAGCUACAGGGCGCUGCCCAAGACCUACCAGCAGCCCAAGUGUAGCGGACGCACUGCCAUCUGCAAGGAGGUGCUGAACGACACGUGGGUGUCGUUUCCCUCGUGGUCAGAGGACUCCACCUUCGUCAGCUCCAAGAAGACGCCGUACGAGGAACAGCUCCACCGCUGCGAGGACGAGAGGUUCGAGCUGGACGUGGUCCUGGAGACCAACCUGGCCACCAUCCGGGUGCUGGAGAGCGUGCAGAAGAAGCUGUCGCGCCUCUCCCCGGAGGACCAGGACCGCUUCCGGCUGGACGACUGCCUGGGCGGCACCUCCGAGGUCAUCCAGCGCCGCGCCGUCUACCGCAUCUACGGCGACAAGGCGCCCGAGGUCAUCGAGGGCCUGAAGAGGAACCCCGUCACCGCCGUGCCGCUGGUGCUCAAGAGGCUGAAGGCCAAGGAGGAGGAGUGGCGGGAGGCCCAGCAGGGCUUCAACAAGAUCUGGCGGGAGCAGUACGAGAAGGCCUACCUCAAGUCCCUGGACCACCAGGGCGUCAACUUCAAGCAGAACGACAUCAAGGCUCUGCGGUCCAAGAGCCUGCUCAACGAGAUCGAGAGCGUCUACGACGAGAGGCAAGAGCAGAGCACGGAGGAGGGGGGCGUGGGCCAGCAGGGCCGCGACGGCGGCGGCGGCUCCGGGGGGGCCGUCAGCGAGCCCCACAUGGUCUUCACCUACGAGGACAAGCAGAUCCUGGAGGACGCCGCCUCGCUGAUCAUCUACCACGUCAAGCGCCAGCCCACCAUCCACAAGGACGACAAGGACCACAUCAAGCGCAUCGUGCAGCACUUCGUCCCCGACCUCUUCUUCGCCCGCCGCGGGGAGCUGAGCGAGACCGAGGAGUGGACGGACGAGGAGGCCGACGCCGAGGAGGGGGUCGGAGCGGGUGGAGGUGGAGGUGGAGGAGGAGUCGGAGUCGGAAUCGGAGGGGGCGGCGGCGGCGGCAGCGGAGGGCCGGGGGCGGGGGGACCGCCGGGAGGAGGAGGAGGAGGAGGAGGAGGCCCGCAGCUGAACGGGGAGUCCAGGAGGAGGCGCUGCGUCUCGCCCCACAACGCGGAGCCCAGCCCCCCCGGCAGCCUGGCGCUGGGCGGGGAGAAGCUGGACCUGCGCGACCCCGAGGCCGAGCACCAGAAGGAGCUGGACGACGUCUACAACCUCUUCUUCCUCAACAACAACUGGUACUUCUUCCUGCGGCUGCACCAGACGCUGUGCGCGCGGCUGCUGCGGGUCUACCGCCAGGCCGAGAGGCAGCUGCUGGAGCGGCGGGCCGAGCAGGACCGGGAGAGGAUCCUCCAGGCCGAGGGCCGCCGGGACAAAGCCAGCGACCUGGCCAUGGAGCUGCGACUCAAACAGCCCAGCGAAGUCGAGCUGGAGGAGUACUACCCGGCCUUCCUGGACAUGGUCCGUAACCUCCUGGACGGGAACCUGGACUCCACGCAGUACGAGGACACGCUGCGAGAGAUGUUCACCAUCCACGCCUACAUCGGCUUCACCAUCGACAAGCUCAUCCAGAACAUCAUCAGACAGCUGCAGCACCUGGUGAGCGACGAGGUGUGCCUGCAGGUGGCCGAGCUCUACCUGGCCGAGCGCAAGAGGGGCGCGGCCGGGGGGAACCUGUCCUCGCAGUGCGUGCGCGCCGCCUGGGAGACCAGCUACCAGUGGAAGGCCGAGAGGGUCAUGGCCGACGAGAACUGCUUCAAGGUGAUGUUCAUCCAGAGGAAAGGUCAGGUGACUAUGACAAUCGAGCUGCUGGACACCGAGGAAGCACAAGCCGACGACCCGCUGGACGUCCAGUACCUGUCCAGUUACAUUGAGCAGUUUGUUGGGACGGAGUCGGCACUGUGCGCUCAGUCAGAGGGAUUCUGCUUCAAACCAGUCUUCCUGCCCAGGAACCUGCGGCGUUUCCGGCGCUGGCAGCUGCGGCAGAUGGAGGCCAUGCGCUGUCGCCGGGAGUGGCGCCGGCAGCUGGGCGUGGAGACGGCCGGCAGCCUGGACUGCCGCUUCAAGCUGCACUCCCACAAGAUGGUGUUCGUCAUGAACUCCGAGGACUACAUGUACCGCCGGGGGGCCCUCGUCAAAGCCAGGAAGGCCCAGCACGCCGUGGCGCGGGCGCAGCACGAGCGCUUCGACCGGUGGCACCAGGGCUGGCUGGCGGAGCACGUGCCCCCAUCGGCGGAGCGAGCCGUGCAGGACUGGCUCAUGGGCGAGGAGGAGGAGGAGAUGAUCCCCUGCAAGACCACCUGCCUCACCAGGCAGGUCAACGGCCUGCCCGUCAACCGGUACCAGGUCCGCUACAGCAGCAAGCCCCCCGCCUCGCCCUAAACAGCCACCGCCCCCCCUCCGCCAACCGCCCCUGAAACAACCGCCCCCCACCCGCCCCUUUCACACACGUACAGAAGAGACCGUGCACAUGAACCGACACACAGACACGCACGCACAAGAUGGAGCAGGAGAGGCCGAGGAGGCGGGCCCCAGAGGUGCCGGGGGGGGCCGCGUGGCCGGCGCCAAGACGCGGAGCCGGAACCCGGACCCGGACCGGGAGUGAAACUCGGAAGAAAGGCAAAAGCCGCCCCAGCUUUCAGGAAGCCCCUCAUCUUCCGCCCCCACCGCUUCUCUCAUCUCUCCUGAAAUCGACCUGCGAACAGCCGCACAAAAAAAAAACUCAUCCAGUUUGUUCGAGGAAUGUGAAGAAUCUUUUUAAAUGUAGUUUUUAGCUUCACGAGCCUGAGUGUGUGUUGUUUAUAUUUGUAUAUGUUUCUACUGGAAGAGACAGAUAAGAUGAAAGAGUACAGCUGGUGUUUGUACAGGAUACUAAUUCAAGCAUACUUAUAUAAAUAUAUGUAUACAUGCAUAUAUACAGUAUAGAUACAUAAGGAAAUAACGUGAUACUGUGGCAUUUUUGCUGGCAGCCAGUUCCUUAAUACAUCCAUUACUUUGUUUUCCUUGUAACUGAAUAAUCAUAUCCCAGGCUGUGUCCAUCAUGUGACGACUUUUCAAGGCAUUUGUUUGUACUUCAGCUGUGUUAAACCUCCAAAUUAUGUACAUCCGUGAUUUCAUCAGGUCCUGCUUGAAGGAUGCUGUCAUUUUUACACAUUAAAGCUGAAAAUGAACAAAAAAAAUCAGUGGUGGAAAAGAAUGUAAACCAUUUCCUUACCCUGUUGAAGUUUAUCAUGAAAUAAACCACAUAGGUGUAAACUUCUAAACCCAA